CAUUCUUCAUAGAAGCUCUCCUCAUUGUUUUACAUCUUCCCCUCGUCGCAACUUUUAUGGUUAUCCUCUGCCUCGAAUUUUGGUUAUUCUCCGAAAUCUGUCAGACACCAAGCCAAGAACCCAUUUUCGUUUGAUCGCCCGAAACUACAACCAUGGCCGAGAAUAUAGCGGACGCCGCAAACGUUGAUAUCUCAAAAACCCCAGUCGCAGAUGAGUCGAAACAACUGGCAAAGUUAGUCGAGCGAGCUAGAGCCAAGGACGCUAUCAAGGACUUCAAUGGAGCUGCCGAGCUUUACUCUGAAGCUACCGAGCUCCAAGCCAAGCUCAAUGGCGAGCUGUCGCUCGACAACGCUGAUCUGCUGUACUCUUAUGGGAAGGCCCUUUACAACGUGGCUGUGAGCAAUAGCGACGUCCUUGGGUCCAAAGUUGCCGGAGAUUCCCAGCCACAAUCAACAGCUGCGUCUACAGACCAUGGAUCCUCGUCCAAUUCAGCAUCGCGGAGCAAAAAGGCUGCCAACACCGCCACAGCAAGUGCCCAGCCCGCGAAGCCAGCCCCCGGUCAGACGGAUACGCAGCUAGGGAACCCUGACAACAAACCAUUUUUUCAGUUCACCGGCGACGAGAACUUUGAUGAUGAUUCGGAUUCUGAUGUCGACGAGGAAGGAGAAGAAGGUGCUGGCGCCGAGGAGGAAGAGGAAGAAGACGAUUUCGCCAACGCCUUUGAAGUCCUCGAUGUGGCCCGUAUACUCUUUCAGAAAAAGUUAGAUGCUCAAGAAGAGCAGCCUGGAAAAGGAAAGACGUCGGACAUUUCACCAGAUGUACGGCACAUCAAGGAACGCCUCGCCGACACUUACGACUUACAGGCUGAAAUAUCACUCGAAGCGGAGAGAUUCCAAGACGCGGUGCAAGAUUUAAGGACUACCCUUAGCUUACGAGAGUCGUUGUUUCCUAUGGAGGAUCCAUGCGUUGCUGAGUGCCACUACAAACUUUCGCUCGCUUUGGAAUUUGCGUCCAUGAAUAAAGGCGAUGGGUCAGAAGGAGAGGGUGAUGACCACAGCAAGGUUGAUCAUGAGAUGCGGAAGGAGGCGGCCACUCAAAUGGAGAGGGCAAUUGAGAGCUGUAAGAUCAGGAUAGAUCAGGAACAGCGCGCCUUGAGCAGCAAUGAAACUAUGGAUGAAGACAAGGUCAUUGCCAUGAAGAGGAAAAUAGACAACGUCAAAGAAAUCACCGCCGACAUGGAACAAAGGCUUGUCGACCUUCGACGCCCCCCGGUGUCAAUCAAGGAAUCGGAUGAUCAGGAAGAGGCGAUGCUCAAAGGACUUCUUGGUCAGAUCAUGGGACAAUCUCCCUCCGAGCAAAAGGUCAAGCUGGAUGCAGCCACCAAGGGUGCCAACGAUCUAUCUGCGUUUGUCAAGCGGAAACCUGCCGCUGGCCAGGGAGCUCAACAAACCGGAUCUUCCCAGAAACGCUCCGUCCCUGAAGAAGGAUCUGAGGGGGCGACAAAAAAAGCACGGGCUGAUAGUAAAUAGUGAAUCAAAUAUUCAAUCGACGACUUAUGUAUCCGCCGGGUUCUAUUCCAUUCUUGUCCUUCUCGUGGGAAUCUACUCAAUCUCAAACCAAUGAAGAUUACC